AUGUCAAGUGAAUUCCUACAAUCUUCAUCGCCUUCUCGUGGUGAUGGGGAUUCCCAUAAAAAUGAUCAUCUGAGUAUGAACAUUAUGAUGCCUACUCAAACUCCUUUACAUAAUAAAAUAUCAACAUCUUCAUUCCCACUAACGAAGUCAUCUUCAAAGACUCAACAACAGCUUGGACAACAACAAGGUCAACUACCACCACAAGGACAAUUUUUUAAUGUUACUGCGUCAGCAUCUAAAUAUCUCAAUCAACCUUUAAACUUGCUGGGAUGGACUCCUUUGAUAUCUAAAACUUAUACCAAUGAACAAAUCUUGUCAUUCAAUUCAACUCCAAAUAAAUUAUUACUCCAAACUUCAAAUUCUACAAAUAAUAACAAUAGUAUGAACAAUGUAUCAGGAGUUAAUGAUUUGGAUUUUCAAGGGUUUGGUUUAACUCCUUUUCUAAACCAUAACAUAAACGUAUUAGGAAGUGCAUCAUCAAUGAAUCAAUUUAAUAGUCUUACACCUUAUCAUGAGAAAAUAUUCCAUAAUUCAAAUGAUUUUUAUAUUGAUUCUCCAAUUAGAUUUGGUAAUACUAGUACCAAUGAGAUUCAAGCUAUAACUCCUUCAAAAUUUAGUCUUAAUUCUGUGGCAAAUAAGAAAAUCUUGCAAGAUCCAUUGAAAAGUGCAACUAAACGUUCAAUUGCUUUACUUGAUACACCGCCUCGACAACCUCAUAAAUUGAGUAUUUCUACCAAAGCUGAAAAAGAUGAUAAAGAAAACGAAACCGAUGAUGAAAAUAUAAUACCAGGAAAAAACCGAGGCGUUGUUAAUGAUGAAGACAACGAUGAGGAUGACUAUGACGAUGAUGACAAUGAUGCUUUUGAUAAAAAAGCACUUUUACAAACUCCAUCAAAAGUACUUAAAGAUAUAACUAAUAAACCACCAACUACUCAAUUUCAAACUCCAGCAAAACAAAAAUUACUUGCUCCUAGUUCACCAUCAACUAUUAUAUUAUCGAGUCCAACAAAAGGAAGUAGUGUUAAGCCAAAAAAGAGCUUUCUUUCCCGAAAAGAAAAUGAUUCAACUAUGGAUAUGAUGAUUAAUGGACCUCCAAGUCCAACACCAGCAAAGAAUUUACCAAUAACACCAGUUAUGGGAGUUUUCAAUGAAAAGAAACCAUCUACUACAACUAAAGGUGAAACUUCAAAGAAACCUCUGACACAACCUACUCAAAAAUCUACCCUGAGUCAAAAUUCUAGUCAAUCAAAAUCUACCACCACUACUACUAAUAAUAAUAAUAAAAGCAAACCAAAGCCAAAAUCUAAGCCAAAGACCAAACAGGCAUCCUCAUCAUCAUCCAAUAAUACUUCAGUUAAUGUUGAUGAUUCUAAACGAAGGGCAGCUAACAAGGCAAAAAUGCAAGCAGGCAUGAAUAAAUUUCAAAUUGUAUUAACUGAUGUUCAUACUUUGGUAAAUUCCAAAAAGAAGAAACCUAAAGAUGAACUGAAAAACACAAUGGAUAAGAAAUCUAUUAGUAAACAACCAUCAAACAAUCAACUACAUCCACCUUUACAAGUGCCGCCCCAAUCAUCUUCAUCAUCAUCUGUAGCAUCACUGUCACAACAAAUACCACCAGUACAAUUGAAUGCACAACUGUCUAAUAUGACUGAUCAUAAUAUUACCAUGAACAGUACAAAAGAACAUAGUAGCAUCAUAUCAGGAGGUAACAACACAAUGAAUACAAGUCAUUUGAAUAUGACCACCGAUCAUUCAUCAUUUGAAUUAGGUGGUAAUUUUGCAUCUACACCAAAUUCAAAGUUUCUACUAGAUAAAAUAUUUGAAAAAACUUCACCACAAACGAAUUAUUUUAUUCACCAACAACAACAACAACAGCAACAACAAAUGGUACAAAUGACACAGCAACAACAUCAACAUCAACAAAUGAUUCAUGCUUUACAACAAGCACAAAGUCAAUCACUGCAAGAUGGUUCAAUGCCACCUCCGAUAAUUAUUUCAUCAUCAAAUAAACAACAACCAAUACAAUAUUUACCACCACAGCAACAACAACAAAUGCCAAUGAUGACAAUGACAAUGUCUACCCCACAACAUCAAGGAAUUAUAAAUUAUAAUCCUCAAUUGUAUUCUAGUACUGGAGAUAACAAUACUUCACCGGAUGCAUUAUAUACUUUUGCAACAAAUACUAGUACUACACCACAAGGUAUUUCAAUUUAUCAUAAUACUAAUUCCACAUUUAACAAUCAACAAAGACAUCAUCCAUUUGAUGAUUCAAUAGAGUAG